AUUAAAUCUCAUCUUCAGAUUUAUCUUACUGACAUUGUUCAAUGUUUUGGAAUUACUCAAGAUCCAAAUAAUAAAGAGUAUAUGAUGGUUUUAUAUUAUUGUGAAAUUGGAAAUCUGAGAAAUUAUUUAAAUAAAUCUAUAAAUUAUAUCAAUUAUCAAUCAAAAAUUGAUAAAUUACAACAAAUUGCAAGAGGACUUUUAGAUAUUCAUAAUGCUGAAAAAGUUCACAAAGAUUUUCAUUCAGGCAAUAUAUUAUAUGGUUCUGGUGGUUAUCCAUUUAUAAGUGAUUUAGGUAUGUGUCAACCAGCAAAUAUAAAGCAAUUAGUUAAAAAAGAAGGAAUUUAUGGAGUAUUACCAUAUAUGGCACCAGAAGUUUUACGCGGAUACCAAUAUACAAAAGCAGCAGAUAUUUACUCAUUUGGAAUAAUAAUGAAUGAAUUUCUUUCUGAAGAAAUUCCUUUUAAUGAUAUUCCUCAUGAUUGUUUUUUAGCUAUUAAAGUAUGUAAAGGACUUAGACCAACAAUUUCUAAUGAUGUUCCAAAGUUACUUACAGAUUUGAUAGUAAAAUGUUGGGAUGCUGAAAUAGAAAAGAGACUAACCACUAAAGAAUUGUAUCAGAUAUUAACAAAAUGGAAUAAUAAAAUCAAAGAUAUUAAAAAUAGUGAAGAUAGUAAAGAUAGUGAAGAUAGUGAAGAUGUUAAAGAUAGUGAAAAUGGUGACAAUAGUCAAAAUAGUGAAAUAUAUUUUCAAAUAAAAGAAUGUGAUAAAAUUAGAAAAGAAAAAUUCAAAAACAGGCCAAAUGAAGAUAAAUCCAAAAGCUUCCAAACACACCCACAAGCAUUUUAUACAAGUAGACUUUUAAAUUUCAAAAAUCUUCCAAAACCAGUAAAUUCUUCAGACUUAUUAUCUUUUCAAUUCAGUUCAGGUAAAUAAUAGAUGCUAAUUAUACUGCUCAAUCAACAUCAG